AUGUGUUGUGCACGACCACAAUCGUACUCACAAACCGAAAAAAAUACACCGGAACCCAAGCUCAAGUUUCCACAUCCACUUCAAACUCAUUCAAACAUGUCUGCUGUUGCCAAGAGCGCUUCCACUAAGUUGAACUGGGCCCAGGUCAUCUCCAAGUUGGGUUUGACCGGCUCCACCGCCUCCUCUUUGACUGCCUUCAAGAAGAGAAACGACGAAGCCAAGAAGGAACACCAAACCUUGACUUCCCAAUCCACCGAGGUUGACUUUGAACAUUACAGAAGCGUUUUGAAGAACACCAAGGUUGUUGAUGAAAUCGAAAAGGCUGUUUCUGGCUUCAAGCCAACCACCUACGACGUUUCCAAGACCUUGAAGACCAUUGACAUUUUCGAGCAAAAGGCCAUUGAAAACGCCAAGUUGACCGAAAAGUCUGUUUUGGCUGAAAUUGAGCAAUUGCAAGCUACUUUGAAGGACAUUGAAGGUGCCAGACCAUUCGACCAAUUGACCGUUGAUGACAUUGCCAAGGCCAGACCUGACUUGGACGAGAAGGUCAACUACAUGAUCCAACACGGUAAGUGGGAAGUGCCAAGCUACAAGGAGAAGUUUGGCGACUUGACUGUUAUGUAA